AUGGACCACCAGGAAUGCCCGGUUUUCCUGGACCAGAUGGAUUGGACGGAGAAGACGGCGCAGAAGGAUAUCCUGGAACUCCGGGUGCAAACGUCCCGGACCCACUCUUCCUGAACUAGAAGACUUCUGUUUCGAUUGUCCUCCUGCACACAGAGGUCCACCAGGCCAAGAGGGUCCGAAGGUGCAUUUACUUCCUCGAAUUUACAAAAAUUUUCAAAUUCAGGGUCUUCGUGGUCCUCCCGGUCCUCCGGGAUCUUCCGAUUUCUAUGUGACUGCAGGACCUGCUGGUCCACCUGGACCUCGUGGCCCACCGGGUGAUCCUGGAAGUCCUGGUGCUCGUGGACCUCCGGGAGAUUAUGGAAGUGUACUCCAAGACCAUGAGACGAUCAUCGGACCAAGUGGCCCACCAGGUCCUGCCGGUCCUCCAGGUGUUCCCGGUCCUAGAGGAGUCGAUGGAAAGGCUCGUCAUGGAGCAAGUGGACCUCCGGGGGACAAAGGAGGGAAAGGGACGCAGGGAAGCGCGGGAGCAAGAGGGUCGGCAGGGGAAAUCGGAAGACCAGGGCCGACUGGAGGAUGCUCGCAUUGCCCCAUUCCACUUGUUUCUCCCGGAUACUAA